GCUUUCCUCCUCUCCAUUCCUCAGCAGCACGUCAUUUUAUUCAAUACACCUCGCAUUAAUUCGUGUUUUGGAUCGAUGGGAGGUCCAGAGACACCCGGAGAAGAUCCCUCCGGACAGCCGCGUUGGAAGGCGUCCAGCUGGCAGGCUGAGCAGACAGCAGUGCGCCUCAGAGCAGAGGACACAGUGAAGGGCAGCAUCCAGAGACCCACCCUGCUGGAUCAUGGGAAACCAGACUGGGAGAGAAAGUCAUGGCACCACAGGUUCUCCUUUAGAUUUCUACCAGACGCCUCCCACCACGCCCUCAGAGGCAGAUCUGGCGGCCAUGGCCUUGUCCUCUGCAGCCUCCUCCAGUAAGGCACAGACUCCAUCACCGGCCGGCAGCACCACCCCCUCCACCAGUUCUCCCCUCGCAGAAUGGACACAGAAACUAUCCGCUCCCUCAGAGUGGGCUGUGAUCAGCGUGGACAGCAUCAGCUCACAGACCAAUGUGAGCGAUGCAGCACUGAGGCAGCAUGGGGGGGCAGCGGGCAGCCCCACCUCGCUGCCCCCGUCCAGAGGAUCACCCUCAGAGCACAGCUGGCAGGAGAGAGACAGCGGAGUGGAGCCGCAGGCCGCAGCAGAGAGGAGUGAGGAGAUGACGCUGGUGCUGCUCAGUCUGAUGGAGCACUACAGGGCCUCAAUGGGCCUGACCCCCAACACUGAUGUCACCACAGGAGCAGUGGAGCUGCUCAGGCGCUUUAUAAUGGAGAGAGAUGAGCUGGUGGAGGAAGCGGACAAACUGAGAGAGACACUGAGGACGGAGAGGUUGGAGUGGUAUCAGUUCCAGAGUGACCUGCAGGUGGCGGUGUCUGUGGCCGACCGGCUGCGGGUGGAGUCAGAUCAGAACCUCAGUGAGGUGCAGGAGAGACACAGAGCCGUGGAGCAGCAGCUGGAUCAGGCCCUCAGCAGGCAGCAGGAGAGAGACACAGAGCUGGAGAGUCUGAAGGUCCAGCACCAAGACGUCUGCAGCAAACUGAGCGAGGUGUCCCUGCUGCGGAGACAGGAGCGAGCCGAGCUGGACGCUCUGAGGAAGGCAUGCAGGGAGAAACACAUGACGAACUGUGACAAACAGGCAAAAAGACAAGAAUCUGAGGUGGGGCAGAGGGAGGAAAUACAGAGAGUUGUUGUGGAGAAACCCUGGGAAGUUGAAGCCGACACUGAAGUAAACAUUUUUGAAAAGCAAAAGGAGCAGACUGAUGCAAGUCAAGAGGGGGAGGAUCAAGAUCACUCUGAGGAGGCUAAUGGAUCAGGCAGCACAGCGCUGAAGGGGAAAGGGGUGGCGGAGGGAUACCUUCGCAAUCUGGCUGUGCUGGAGAAGAAGAAGGAUCCAAGGAGGAUUGUGAUGCUGUCUGAAAGAUCUUGGAGUCUCUCUCGUCUGCCACUCCCAACUGACUCCUCCAGGGAAAAUGGGACCUCAAAAGAAACGAGCACAACACUGCCGCUAUGCAAGAGAGAGGAACCACCAAAGCCGAGGAGAACAGACCGGAUCCUGCAGCGUCAGGACAGCUGGUCCAGCUUUUACACAGGCAAACAGGACGAGGACCAAAGCACAGAUUAUAUCAAACCUCAGGAUGGUUUCAGUGCUCUGCUGAGGCGUCAUGGCGGCUCGAGGAGAAACUCCCUGCUGCGCUGGUGCCAGAGUCGUACCCAGGGUUAUAAGAAUGUUGAGAUCACAAACUUCAGCAGCAGCUGGGAGGACGGCCUGGUGUUCUGCGCCGUUUACCACACAUACUUACCAACGCACAUCCAGUACGACACCCUCGACCCAGCACACAAGAAGGAGAAUCUGGACCUUGCUUUUAAGACUGGAGAGAGUUUGGGAAUCACAGCCACACUGAGCGUGGAGGAGAUGCUGAAGGCCGACGGGCCGGACUGGCAGAGGGUCCUCGGUUAUGUGGAAAGCAUUUUCCGGCACUUUGAGAUGUGAAGUUAAUUGUCUCUCUUCUUGCUCUUCCUUUACCAUGAUUGUGACUGAAGAACUGAAACACUGUUCAUCACAAUCUGCUCAUAAUGAACUCUGAUCAGCCAGGAUCAGAAAAUAUGUCGGCAAUAUUAAGACUUAACGGUGUGAUUUUAUGUAUCAAAUAUAAUGUUCAUCACACAGAAACUUAACCUUGGGAGUAUUUUUUUGUUUUUUAACUUAUCUAUUCAUAUCCAAAUAGCAGCAGCAACAGACACUAAACCAUUUGUCAGAUUUAAAGUGAGUACAGGAAGCCCUAAAUGCAUAGCAGUCUUUUCUCCAGUGCCCUCGCUCAUGACAGUAAUGACACACAUUGUCAGGCUCACGUGCACCACAUACAUACCCACUCUCUUGCCCAGCAGGUCUCACUGGACGACCAGACCACGCUCCCAUACCCGAGGAAUUUCCACCGUGACUGCCUUGUACGGCAGCACCUCCACCAACGUGUGUCAAAACAUAGUCAUCUGCUAAUGCAGCAGCUUCAGCAGCUGUCCUGACUGCGUGCUCACUGAUAUACACUGCAAUGUGCUCCGGUACAGAAUUUUUGAAUUGCUCCAGAAUAACGAGAUCCCUCAAUGCCCCGUGGGGAAUCAACGUCAGUUGCCGCACACCAGCGAUCGAAAUGGGUGGAAAUAUCCCGAGCAAACUCGAGGUGAGAUUUAUCACCUCUUUUCCAAUUCCUAAACCUCUGACGAUAAGCUUCAGGCACCAGCUCGUAAGCCUUGAGAACGGCAGAUUUUACUAACUCAUAACGCAAAUAGUCACUGCCACUUAAAGACGAAUAAGCCUCCUGCAGAGCCCUCCCGGUUAACACACACUGCAACAAUAACACGCGAGUGGCCUCAGAUCGUGCACAUCUGCACAAAGGCCCUGGGGCCGUCACAAACACCUCGACUAUUACUUUCACGUUGGGUGCUGGGUGCACUGGUUUUGCACUGAUUGUAAAAACAAAAGAGCACUUUAUUAUUAAUGUUUACUUUUGUUUCACUUUUUUGAUUUCUGAAUAUGGGGCAAGUUUUAAUUAUCUUGACUUUAUAGUUAUUUUUUUAUCAUGAACCUCUCCCACCUAUCAUCAUGUCUGCAUGCACCCUAACCCAAGACAAAGGUAGGAUGCAGACAUGAGAUUUUAAAUGUUGGAAUAGUGAUGUUUUAACCUUAAAAACUCAAAUGUUCAUCAAUGCAAAAGUUAACUUUGAGGAAAUGUAAAUAUGUAAAUGUGUGUAAGCGCUUCAGUAUUUUUAGAAACAUGGUAAACAUAUGAAGAUGUUGUUGCCAAAGCCUUAAUGCAAUAAUAAAGUUAUGUGUAUACAGUA